GAAAGAGACUCGCUCCCUUCUAUCAUAACUGUUGAACAUUUUCGUUUCUUUACUAUCUCUCUGUGCGCUCUUGAGAUGUUGGCUACCAUAAAGAACAUUUCCGUAACCUACGACGGUAUGGGCAAAACCUUUAGCAGCGGCGACUUCAUUUCGGGGCGAAUAACGUUGGAAUUAGGAAAAGAUUGUAAAAUAGAUUAUCUUUCCAUAAAAGCAAAGGGAAAGUCAGAAGUCCGUUGGACAGAACAUCAUAAACAUUCAACUAUAACUUACCAUUCCAAGGACAAGAUGUUCAGCAUUGAACAAUUUAUCAUUCGAGAACAAAAAGGCCAAGAUUGUAAUGUCGUAGCUCCUGGAACUCACGUUUACCCAUUCACAUUUCAGAUCCCUCAACAAGCAAUGCCAUCAUCCUUUAAAGGCGCCUGGGGGAAAAUCCUGUAUACGUUAGAGGCCAAGUUGAGCAGACCAAUGAGGAUAUCCAGCAAAGCCAGGGCUGAGUUCCCCUUUGUCUCCAAGGCAGACCUGGGCAGCAUCCCUGAGCUGAUGAUCCCUCAGCAUGGAACCAAGGAUAAAAAGAUGAAGUUAUUCACCUCAGGAAAAGUGGGAAUGGACAUUCACAUGGAGAGAAUGGGCUACUACUUAGGUGAAGACCUAAAGGUUGUGGCAUCCAUUGAGAAUAGCUCCUCUCGUGAGAUCAAGCCCAAGUACACCCUGUACCAGAAGGACAGCUUCUUUGCGAGGGGAAAGAGGAGGGUGUCCACCAAAGACAUCCUGAAAGAGCUGGGAGAGCCCAUCCCGCCAUCUGGGAAACUGAAAGUCACUAAAGUCCUUAAAAUCCCACAACACAUUGUUCCAUCCAUCCUCACCUGCAGUAAUAUUAAAUGCGAGUACAGGCUGAAGAUCGUCCUGGAUGUUCCCUAUGCCAGAGACCCAGAAAUCAAAUUGCCACUGGUCAUCCUCCCUGCAACUCAAACGCCUGGACUGCAGCCGCCACCUUACUCUGACUUUGGUUUUGACUCGUUCGGGAAUGCAAACCAACCCGGAUGGAACAGCACACCACAAUUUCCGGGAGCCUAUCCACCAAUGGCCCCAGGAGCCUAUCCACCAAUGGCCCCAGGAGCCUAUCCACCAAUGGCCCCAGGAGCCUAUCCACCAACGGCCCCAGGAGCCAAUCCACCAACGGCCCCAGGAGCCAAUCCACCAAUGGCCCCAGGAGCCUAUCCACCAAUGGCCCCAGGAGCCUAUCCACCAAUGGCCCCAGGAGCCUAUCCACCAAUGGCCCCAGGAGCUUUAGCGCCUCCCCCAGCCUACGGAACGUACCCAUCCUUGUCUGAUUUUGGUGGUAAAUCCUAGUGGGAGAAAAGAUAAGAGGGUAAAAAUAUAACAAAUGAAUGCAUUGUAUAUGAUAAAUGCGCAGUUCUCUAUCUCUUUAGACUUCCAUUUAUACUUCCAUACUUCUCUGUUGUUGAUGUUUCUUGUCAUUGACAUGACAACGUGUGUAACUUCAAUAUCUUUGUGGAAAUGCCAACUAUGAAUAAUGAAAUGGAACAAAGUUCUGCUGUGAAUAUUGCUGUUACGAAUGUAACGAUGAAUGUCCUAAUUUCAUGGUGGUGCUGAUAUUCUAAUAAAAAAUCUAUUAUAUAUAUAUGGCAAUUUCCAAAUAAGUACAGUGAAAUAAAAAGCAGGAACGUCCACGAUGAUAAUAGGCUACUGGUCCAUUUUUUUUAUGAUGAGAUACAUAAAACCAGGAACACCAACUAAAUACCACACCCUAUGCAUACAUAAACCUUAUAUAGGCCUUUAUAACUUUUUAUUUGAUGGAGAAGAAUCAGAGUUAUGCUGUCACAAGUAUUGGAAAAUUAAUCAGAUGUGACUUUAAUGAUGACAUUGCAAAUAUUGUGGGUGUAGACCUACUUAUUGUCCCUGCCUUUUGUAAAUACAGACCUCCUCCCUUACUAUGUUAUAUUAAAGACCGUUGUGAACCCUA